CAACGUUCAACGAAGGUGAUGAAUUACAUGAAGGUGAGUAGUUUUCUGAGUUUCUUAUGUUUACAGGAAGGUGAUGAAUGUUGAGAUCGAUUCAAUCAACGUUCAACGAAGAUGGUGAUGAUUUCUUAUAAGUUAAAUUUGGUUUUGAUCAUAAUCUUGAUCGGAGGAUCUUUUAACGACCUACGAGUUUCUUCUGCCGCGGCUAAUUUGACCGAAACUUGUAACGGAAUAUGUGGUGGAUUGACUCUGUCUUAUCCCUUUGGGUUUUCUCUUGGUUGUCCGAUCCAAUUCAAUUGCUCUGCUGCGGGCCAAGGGGCGAAGAUCGGAGAGUUUCCCGUCCAAAACGUGACGGAAAACAGUAUAUUGGUCGGCGUUCCAACCAAUUGUACUCGGAAGAUUGAAGACAUGACUCCGCUUUUCGGCAAGCAGUUCACACCAUCGUCGGAGAACAGUUUCUUAAUGGAGAAUUGUGUGAAUCCAACCAAUGGCUGCUCCAUAAACCAAAGAUUCCUUGAUAAACAGCUGAAAAGUUGUGAAUCCACGGGAAAUAUAAGCUGUUUUCCGUCAGAUACGAGUUCAAAAAGUUCAGAAUUUCUCAGUAUGAAGGAAUUGACGAAUAGCUCGUGCCGUUUGUUGUACACGUCGAUAGCUCUCGAGUCUGUAGGUGUGAAUGUGGGGAUAGCGGUAGAGUUUGAACGAGUUCGGUUAGGUUGGUGGCUAAUGGGAGGUUGCGAAAACGGAACUUGCGUAGUAAACGCAAAUUGUACAGAUGUUUACACUCCCGAUGGAUAUGCAGGACACCGGUGCUCAUGUCUUGAGGGUUACCACGGAGACGGAUACAUCAAUCCUUGCUUGAAACUGAGAGGUUAGUCAAUCUAAAGUCUUUGUACCCUUUUAACAUUUGUAUUAAUCAAAUGAGGAAUCAAAUUUCAACCAUCAUAGCUAGUGGAGACCACCGCUACGACAAGGCUCUCCAACCAUGGUUUCAAUCAAGAACUUAAGCAUUUUCCAGUCUCCAUAGUUAUAAUUUUUACCUGUAUUUUUUAGAGAAGUUAGGAAAACAAUAUGUUUUUCAAACAUAAUUGUGAAACUAAUACAUAUACUAUUUAUAAUUGGCAAACUCCCCAUGUAUGUUUUACUGUGCUCCACUGUUUUAAAUACAUUGUAACCCUUAUAUAUUUUUUAUAUUUAGGACAAUGCUAUAGGUAUAUUUUAUACAUU